AUGGCGAUGGCUGAUAAUAGACAAAGAGACAUGCCUCUUCCAGAUGACCGAUUGCCACCUAAGGGCAAAGCCCUUGCCUACCCAGAAGCAGUUCAACUUGUCAAUCCCAUCGAACCAGAAAUUAAGGGAGAGGUGGAUGACAAGUACCAAUAUUCAUGCGACAACAAAGACAACAAAGUUCAUGGAUGGAUCUGCAUGGAUCCUGCAGUAGGAUUCUGGCUAAUUACGCCGAGCGAUGAGUUUCGAUCUGGUGGGCCUCUCAAACAAAACUUAACUUCCCAUGUGGGCCCCACCACGCUUGCCGUGUUUCUGAGUGCUCAUUAUAGUGGAGAGGAUUUGGUGCCUAAGUUCAAUGCUGGUGAGGCAUGGAAGAAAGUUUUUGGUCCUGUUUUCAUUUAUUUGAAUUCUUCCUAUGAUGGAGGUGACCCCCUUAAGCUAUGGGAAGAUGCUAAACUACAGAUGUUGGUGGAAGCUCAAAGCUGGCCUUACAGUUUCCCUGAAUCAGAAGAUUUUCCCAAGUGGGACGAACGUGGUAAUGUUAGUGGCAGGCUUUUGGUUAGAGAGAGGUAUAUAAACGAUGAUUAUAUCUCAGCAAAAGGUGCCUAUGUUGGCUUGGCUCCACCAGGGGAUGUAGGGUCUUGGCAAAGAGAAUGCAAGAAUUAUCAGUUUUGGGCUAAAGCAGACGAUGAUGGCUACUUCAGCAUCACCAAUAUACGUGCAGGAGACUACAAUGUUUAUGCUUGGGUACCUGGUUUUAUUGGUGACUAUAAAUAUGACGUAGUUAUGAACAUAACAGAAGGUUGUGAUAUCGACCUUGGUGAUCUUGUGUGUGAACCUCCUAGAGAUGGUCCAACAUUGUGGGAAAUUGGCAUUCCUGAUCGAACAGCUGCUGAGUUCUAUGUUCCCGACCCAAAUCCCAAAUAUAUCAACAAACUCUAUGUUAAUCACCCUGACAAGUUCAGGCAAUAUGGGUUAUGGGAGAGAUAUGCAGAACUCUACCCUGACAAAGACUUGAUCUACACAAUUGGUGUUAGUGACUACACCAAAGAUUGGUUCUUUGCUCAAGUUACCAGAAAGAAAGAUGACAACACAUUUCAAGGAACCACAUGGCAAAUCAAGUUUCAGCUUGAUAAAGUGAACAAAACCAGCAGCUAUAAACUGAGGGUGGCUUUGGCAUCGGCAACAUUAUCCGAACUUCAGGUUCGAGUUAAUAAUCCAAAGGGUCCUCGUCCUCUAUUUUCAAGUGGGUUGAUAGGUAGGGAUAACUCGAUCGCAAGGCAUGGAAUUCAUGGACUUUAUUGGCUUUACAGUGUAGACAUACCCGGAACUCAAUUUGUUGAAGGAGAAAAUACCAUAUUUUUGUCACAAACCAGAGGCAAUGGUCCAUUUCAGGCAAUUAUGUAUGAUUAUAUUCGUUUGGAAGCUCCACCAUCAUCUACCUUCAAUAAGACAAGAGUUAUGCAGAUCUCAAAGCCUAAGGAAAAUAUGAUGAUGGACUUCACUAAUCAUUUCCUGUUCUUUAUGCUGCAAGUCUUCGUGGUUCUGGGUGGUGAUACCAAACCAGGAGUACGAUUGGAUAUUCAAGAUAAACAUGUGAUAAUGGAUAAUGGCAUAGUCCAGGUCAACUUAUCAAAUCCUGAAGGAAUUGUCACGGGAAUUCAAUAUAAUGGCAUAGACAAUUUGCUCGAAGUUCUCAACGAAGAAUACGACAGAGGGUACUGGGAUAUUGUAUGGGACGAAGGUGGAGAAAACAGAACCCAAAAAGGAGCAAAGGGAAAGGGUAGAUUUGACAGAAUGGAAGCCACGAAUUUAACGGUGAUAGUGGAAAACGAGGAACAAGUAGAGCUAUCGUUCACCAGAACAUGGAAUGCCUCUUUUCAGGGGAAGCUUCCGCCACUGAAUAUUGACAAAAGGUUUAUAAUGCUUCGUGGUUCCUCUGGGUUCUACACCUAUGCCAUUUACGAUCAUUUGAAGGAAUGGCCAGCUUUCGAUCUCGACAAUACUAGGAUCGCAUUCAAACCUAGAAAAGACAAGUUCCAUUACAUGGCAAUAGCGGACAACAGGCAAAGAUUUAUGCCUCUGCCUGAUGACCGGUUGCCCCCAAGAGGUCAAGUUCUUGCCUACCCUGAAGCUGUUCGUCUUGUUGAGCCCGUCGAGCCUGAAUUCAAAGGAGAGGUUGAUGAUAAAUAUGAGUAUUCGUGCGAGAGUCGAUACAAUCGUGUUCACGGUUGGAUGAACAUUGAUCCACUGAAUUCCACUGGAUUCUGGCUUAUUACGCCAAGCUAUGAGUUCCGAUCUGCUGGACCCCUCAAGCAAUAUCUUACUUCUCACGUUGGCCCCACCACACUCUCUGUAUUUCAUAGCACGCAUUAUUCAGGGGUGGAUCUGAUCAUGAAAUUUGGGCCCAAUGAGCCCUGGAAGAAAGUCUAUGGGCCCAUAUUCAUAUACCUUAAUUCUCUAUCUAACGGGUUUAGCCCAAUCAAGCUCUGGGAGGACGCCAAACAACAGAUGGUGAAUGAAGUUGAGAGCUGGCCCUAUACAUUUCCUGCUUCCAAGGACUUUCUCUCAUCUGAGGAACGAGGUAAAGUCCAAGGUAGAUUGCUUGUCCGAGACAGAUACGUCAGUGAUGCAUUCAUCCCAGUUAGUGGUGCUUAUGUGGGACUAGCAGCUAUAGGGGAUGUUGGUUCUUGGCAACGAGAAUGUAAGGGUUAUCAAUUUUGGACCAUUACUGAUGAUAAAGGCUAUUUCUCCAUUAUUAACGUACGCCCCGGGGACUAUAAUCUCUACUCCUGGGUCACUGGGUACAUUGGUGAUUACCAAUUCGAUAAAGUCAUCAACGUAACUUCAGGUUGUGAAAUUAAUGUGCAUGAGAUUGUUUAUGAGCCACCAAGAGAUGGCCCUACGUUGUGGGAAAUAGGCAUCCCUGAUCGUUCAGCUGCUGAGUUCUAUGUUCCUGAUCCAAAUCCCCUGUACAUUAACAGACUCUAUGUCAACCAUACAGACAGGUUUAGGCAAUAUGGCUUGUGGGAGAGAUAUGCUGAUUUGUAUCCAAAUAAAGACCUAGUUUACACUGUUGGCGUUAGUGACUACAGAAAAGAUUGGUUCUUCGCUCAGGUUAAUAGGAAGAAAGACAAUGGCACAUACCAAGGAACCUCAUGGCAAAUUAACUUCAACCUUGAUAGUGUUAAUACCAAUGGAUCCUACACAUUGCGAGUGGCUCUGGCAACUGUGCAUUCUGCUGAAUUACAGAUUCGGAUAAACAAAUUAGAAGCAGAUCCACCUUUAUUUUCAAGUGGAGUAAUUGGAAAGGAGAAUACAAUAGCUAGACAUGGGAUUCACGGUCUCUACUGGCUAUACAGCAUUGAUGUACACGGCACUCUUCUUGUGCAGGGAAACAAUACCAUUUUUCUAACGCAAACAAUGAACCAUAGUCCUUUCAUAGGAAUUAUGUACGACUAUAUUCGUUUAGAACACAAAAGUUGA